CUAGGUCGGAUCCUUGGUAACGUGAUGCCAAAAAUGUCGCCGAUCAAAAGACUUGCGAUAUAUUUUCUUCCCAUUUUCUGGGUAAUAGAGGUCAAUUCAACCAAUCCAUUCCCUUACACGACCGUACAACAAUGUAUAGCUAAUGGAGAAUACUACAAUAUAGCAGAAUUAAGAUGUAUUCCUUGUGGAGACAACCAAGAACCUACCGUUGAUGGAUUAUCAUGCAAGUGUACUUCGUACUUCAAAAUGACACAGAAUCAAGGAGGUCAAGAAAUAGAGUGCACAGCAUGCCCUGAUGGACAGAGAGCAACCCUUGAUGGCUGGAACUGUAUUGCUUGUGAUAUAAUCCCACUCACUGGAGAAUGUGAGGCUUGUCCAGAAGGGGAAAUAAGUGUGGAGUAUACUGCCACCAGAGAGUUGUUGAGCAAUAGGACCUGUAUGGCAUGUUCUAGCACAUCUCAACCAAACCCAUCAGCUCUUGAAUGUGAAAGAUGCCCUCAGAGUUAUAUUGCAGAAAGUGGAAGCUGUGUUUGUCCUACUCCCAGUCCAGCGAAUGUUGAUGUAUGUUUCCCACCAACUAUCUUUCUUCCAAACCCCAGCUCAGGAGCCUUCAAUGUACCGUAUAGUGUACUUGAACAAGACCAACUCACAUCCUGGUUCUUUCAAGAAAACUUUGUAGAAGUUCUUGGUACAUGUCAAAAUUAUCGUAACUUCACUGGAUGUCAGACCUGGGCCAACCUCUGUACAAUGGUACUGACUCAAACUGAUCAACAAGCAUGCCAAGAUUACAGGAAUUAUGUGAAUUCAAUCUCUGAGACAGCCAAUGGUAUAGAUGAGUGGCCUGCUGAUAUGCCGUGGUUGUACUACCAGCCUGAUGAAGCCGAUAUGGUUCUGUCAAGCAGAGAUAUUCAAACUGUCUUCACCUUCGAUAGAUCUUCCCUUGAUAGUCAGUUGAGGCUUGUAGUAGCACAAUAUACACCAACAGGAGAGUUCCUUGGAGUGGUACCAGUUACAGGAGGCAAGCUACAGUUUUGCAAAGACACAGAGGAGAAGAUGAAUGCCGCAUACUCAUUUGCUACAACAUACAGGAGCAGUUGUGUGAUACCAUCAAGAGACUUCUGGGAUGAAUAUGAAACAGUGUUCUUUGACAUGUACAUGAUUACGGAGGAUGAGAAUGGUAACACUGCUCUCUAUCCUAUACCGGUUCUCAAUUCAAACUUUGGUCCUGACAAUCGGGGGGAUGAUCAGCUGCUAUGGCAACUAACACGACGAUUCUAUUUGGUUGACAACGUAAGCGGUAAAGUGAAUGCAGAGGACCCAGCUAGUGCUUUACGCUUUGCAUCAAGUAUCGAGAUCAGAGUGACCUUGCGUGAGGGUUCAUCGGCUGGUUUGAUCUAUCCUCCUUACUUGAGGUUAACGUACUCUGAGCUUUCAAGAGAACUUGAUUACACAGAGGAGACAAGCAGGACAGUAUCCUUUUCUGUGAUCUAUCUGCAAGACCAAUCAUCAUCAUUCCAGGCUAUGUCUAUUUCCAUUGGUGUAUUCUGUGCCAUAUUCCUCCUCUAUGCCAUGGCUAAGACCAAUGCAUGGCGUAGGAGAGCUGGACUUAUUGUCAUCGAUAUAGCUUCUAUGAUCAAGUUUAUCUUAUUUUCCUGUGGUCUUAUUGCUGAUGCCCUUCUUAUUGUCACUGUGGGAGCAUCAUUAUACUGGACUCUAUUCUUUAAACGUCAAGAUAGGGUUUAUCUCUUACUGCCCACUUCAGGCCAAUCUAAUUCAUUCAACAGCUAUGUUAUUGUGGCUUUUGUAUUGAAAUUCCUAGAUGUACUUCACUUGCUGAUAGUUCAAUGUCGAACAGACAUUUUCUUGAUUGAUUGGGAAAGGUCGAGAGGUCGUAUGGUACAAGCCAGCUCAUCAUCCAAUACCAAGGCUUCAGUAGCUCCUAUCAGUGCUUGGAGGUCAUUCUUUGUGGCCAAUGAAUGGAAUGAACUACAGGAAAUGAGGAGAUCCAAUCCUGUAUUUCAGAUCAUGGCAGUCCUUUUCUUUGUGGAGGUUGUGGGUCUGAAGAACUUGACUACCACAGAUCCUCAGAGCAGUGUGAACCCAACGGGUGAUGAGUACAUAGGAGAGUAUUCAGAGAUCUUGAGGUUCGGCAUGGCAUCGGGACUGUACAUACUCGUUGGAGUUGUUCAGUGGUUGUUUUACACUCUCAUCUAUGAGAGAUUUGUAGAGGAUGCUCUCAGGAACUUUGUUGAUCUCUGCUCCAUGGCAAAUAUCAGUGUAUUUGUGCUGUCUCAGAAUAACUAUGGUUUCUACAUCCAUGGUCGCUCAGUACAUGGCUUCGCUGAUACCAACAUGAAGGAAAUCAAGACUCAACUCAAGAGAGAAGAGGACAAUCUAGUUGGACAAAGAGGAUUAGAACCAAACACAGAUCAGCAAACCUUUGAAAUGCUUCUUAGUACAACUUUCAGAGAGAGAUAUGACUCUAUUGUUCUUCCAUUGAGAGCACCAGGAGUAGCAAGGGGAACUGGAGCGGGUAAUAAUGAUGAUAAGAUAAGUGAAGCCUAUGUGUCUCUAAACAAGUUCCUAUCUACAUUUAUUGAUCAUGGUAUGUCAGAUAUUGACUAUGUGGUAAAGGAUAAACUUCUCUUUGAGAAAAUCCUUGAUAUGGAAUUCUACGACCCUUCUGAUAAAGGCUUCUUUUAUAAUGAUGAUGGCCAUGCAUUCCAGAAAGCUAUCUUCUAUGGUAAUGAAGCGACUCUACUGGUCUUUGAGCUACUUCUAUUCUGUAUUGUUGAUCUUAUCUUCACCAACUACGUCUUGGCUGGAGCUAUUACCUACAUCGUCAGUAUGUUGAUUAUCAGGAUUCGAGACAGCUUUGGCAGGAGUAACGUGGCAAGAAAAACCUUGGUUGAUGAACGGUUCUUAAUAUGAAUUCCUGCCCACUAUGCCGUCCAGUGUAUAAUAUGUAGAUAUGAACACCGUGCCUCAUUUCAGUACUCUUUAUUUAUAACCCUAUUAUUUAUGGCCCUCUUUUAUUGGAAUGAAAAGGGGUUAACGUCUCAAGGAAGUCUUUUCAGAUUUUUCAUUCAUACUGUUAUUACCAGACAUGAUUGAUAUCCUUACACUGGAAAAUAUAUUAACCAUGAUCCUGCCAGAAGUCAGACACUUUCACUUGUGGAGGAAAUAUUGCAUUCACUUAUUUUUGUGUGGGUAAUUAUUAUCAUCAAAAAUAUCACUGGCGUAAAUCUGUGACGUCAUGCUAUUCUAGUGGGGGGAGAUGGAACAAUAGAUCAUCUCCCCCUGACCAAAGGAUUUACGCCAGUGAAUAUUAUGAAACAAAUAUCCUACUCACUGAUUUCUGUGUUAAGUUCUAAUCGAAUAGAGAUUGUGGGCAAUUCAAAACAACAUGAUCACCAAACCCUUUGCUCAUUGCCAUUUCUCAGUUUAGUUUGCCAGAAGUCAGACACCGAAAUUGGUUUUUGCCUCUGAGUGUUAUUGAUCCUUUUUUUAAAGAAUUUGUAUCUUGACUAAAUGUAUUUAACUUCCCUCUUUUUACAGCUGAUAAUUGGUUGUGAAGAAUGUUUUUAAUAAUUUCAAUCAAACAGCCCCAACAAAAAUUUGCCUCAAUAGCCUUUACUAAACUUUCAAUUUGGGUAAUGCACAUGUGUAUAUCAUGUAAUAAAUGUUUCUGACAACUGGCAAACAGGAUUUUUUUGCCUAAUAAGGACAGUGAACUAGUCCAUUUUAAGAAGAAGCUCUUCUACUCGUUGAAAGAAAUUAAUUUUGUCACUUGAAUUGAUGAGACUUUCUGUAAAAUAAAAUCAUGACUUUGAGAAAUAUUUCAGAAAUAGAGAAUGGUGGAUUCAGAAAUGGAAAAUGGUGGAAUCAUAGAAAUUUAAAUAAACAAAUUAUAAUUUAGAGAUAAUAUUUUGAACUGGCAAACAAUGCCUGACUUCUAGCAAGACUGUGUUAUCUAAUUGUAUUCUUCAACAAAAUGUUGGACAUUCCUACUAUGAAAUAUUUUGUAUUUUCAAUGAGUUUUUUCAAUGUUGGUUUUAUGUAAUGUAUUCAAAUGUAUUGAUGUUUUGUUCGGAAGAUAUGCUUGUAAUUUGGUGCAAUUGAUAAUGAAAUGACCUAUUUUAUUUGAAGUAGUAUCAUAUUCCAAACACAGUAUUGUUUUCUGAUAUCUUAGUAAUUAAAACUGGUCAUUGUGUAUGACAUUGUUUGACAAAUAUCAAAUAGCAAAUGUGAUAUACAUGUACAUCAUGUAUUGCAUUGCUAUAUGGCCUUGUAUUAGACACACAGAGGCCUACAUGAACUACAAUCCUCUACUGAAAUGGUACUAUCUUUUGAAUUGCAUCAAACCGACUACCUUGAAUAUUCACUUUUUGAAGAAAUUAAAACCUUGAUUUUGUACGUAAUGUUUGUCUCGCCUGAACGAAGUUUGGCAGAGAACUAGUAAUUACUUUUCCUCUUGGUCUGUUCAAGAAUAUUAGUUUUUUGUUCAACUUGCUCUCAUUUCUUUAUUUUUUGCAUCAAUUAUGUACAUAUUUGGUACAUAUGAUCCGUGGGCAAUACUACAUGUGACCUUAUGAGAAUGAUUUGGUUCAAAGGUCAUCUAGGAUCAAAAGGUCAAAUGAUGUUCAUCCUUUUUUGAAGAUUUUCUUCAACUUGAUCUCAUUUCUUUAUUUCUGCAUCAGUUUUUAUCACACAUGGUUAAAAUGAUUCUGUGGUAAUACCAAUGGUGUGUUGUUGAGGAAGAUGGGGUCAAAGGUCAUCUAGGGGUCAAAAGGUUGAGUUUUUGUUCAGCUUGGGCUCAUUUCUUUAUUUCUUUAUCAAUUAUGUUCACACGUAGUACAUAUAUACCCUUGGUAAUACCACAUGUGUGUCCUUGAGGAUAAUGGAGACAAAGGUCAUCUAGGGAUCACAAGGUCAAAUGAUAUGAGGUCAUGUUAAUCUUUUUAUCUUCAAGUUUUUGUGCAACUUGUUCUCAUUUCUUUAUUUCUUCAUCAGUUUUGAUCGCACUUGGGUUAAAAUUUCCACAUGAUCAUUGGGUAAUGCCAUAUGAGUGCUGUUGAGGAUGAUGGGGUCAAAAGGUCAAGUUUUUGUUCAAAUUGCUCUUAUUUCUUUAUUUCUGCAUCAGUUAUGUUCACACUUGGUACAAAUAAUCCUUGGGUAAUACCAAUGUUUGUUCUUGGGGAUGAUAAGGUCAAAGGUCAUUUAGGGGUCAACAGAUCAUAUUGCAUAUUGAUCCCGAAAUCAGGCGAGACUCGUGGUUUGUGAACCACCCUUUGAAUGUAUGAUAUUGUUUGAUAGAUUGAGUCUGUUGAAGGUUUAUUUUACUUGUAUAUAGUUUUCUUACUUAUGCCAUGUCUUAUAAUGAAAUGAAUAGUUUAUUCUGUACAAAAUUAAUUGUAUAUAUUGUUGAAAAAUUGAAAUUUAACAUCCUAGCCUAUAGGAUUUAUUUAUAUGUAUUUUUGGUGUGUAUUUUUAAUGUAAUUUUUUUUCCUCAAAACUAUUUAAUGUGUGAAAAUGUGGGGCAGGUUUUCUUGAGGGUUUGAAAAUAUAAAGACAUGCUUUUCAAACAUUCAGGAUAGGGUUUGGUCUUUGUGAGCCUUUAGGGUCCAAUCAGCUAAUUCAAUCACAUAAUAUUUUUUUGUAAUAUGUCUCAACAUGAGCAAUUUUACCAAUUUUUUAAAAAACCAGACUCCAGCAUUAUUUCAUUUGUAAAAUGUUACUUCCAUAAAUCUCAUGUCAUGAGGUAGGACCAUACAUAUCUGAAAUAACAACAACUGAUUAAUGAAUAGAAUGAUGUUUUUGUUUCCAUUUAAUAGCGCACUGCUAAGUAUUUACUUUUCAACAGGAUUGGUCACAAAAACAAUGAAAAUUUCACAAAAAUGGGAAAAAAGACUAUUCUAUCUUUAAAUUACUCAGAAAAGUUAUAUUUCUGUACUUGAUUUGUUGAAUGAAUCUUUCAAAAUGGUGUUUGCACUCAGAUAUGAUUGCUCUGUUAAGUUAUGUGAUCAUUGUUAAAUGAUCUUUUAUUUUGUUGAACAAUGUCUUUAAAAGAAAGGAA